AUGCUGUUUUUCUCACCCUCCAGCUUGCCACACAUGUGUUCCCUGGGGAACAACAGCAGCCAAUGCCCCCGUUGGGAAAAAUCCUACCUUGCUCAGUGUCCUCCUCCCCCUGCCCUGCACACCCCCUGGUCCACUGGACAACCCCCCAACCCUGCUUUUGAGAAGCACUCCCACCCACCCCCCCAAGCUUCUUCCCGCCGAUCACCCCCUGGUUGA